CUAUUUUCAGAAAAAUUGAAUGUCCUCUAUGAACGCAACUGGACAAUGUUGGUACACGAACAAUUGAGACGUUUCGAGGGUACAAUAGUGGCUGCCACACGCAAUGGUGGCAAUGCCGGUACCAUAGCAGGUGCAGCUGGAGCAUCCUCGUCCUCCGCAUCCUCCUCUUCGUCACUGGGCGGUGGCAGUGGCGGUCUAGCCACAGAUAUAUCAACAACAACAUCUGUGGGUCGUUUCGGUGGCAAUUAUCCGAUGGAAAACAAUGAUUUUACCGCAACGAAAUGGUCGUUCAGUGAAGCAUUGCUGUAUUCCGUAACUGUGAUAACAACUAUUGGUCAUGGCAGUCUAACACCGCGUACCACUGGCGGUAAAAUUGCCACGAUCUUUUAUGCUUUAAUUGGAGUACCACUAAUGCUGAUGUGUCUCUCCAGUCUGGGUGCCAUCCUGGCCGAGGCACUACAGUGUACCUAUGCACGGCUGUGUUGCCGUGGGCCACAAUAUGUUCACGAUAAUGGUGGCCAUAGAAGACAUCGUGAUGGUGGAGGUGCAGGUGGUGCGGAUGGUGAAGACAGUGAUGUCGACGCCGAUGUUGAUGACCACAUCGCCAAUGAUGGAUGUGGACAAAAAUCACAAAAACACAAACAGGGCCAUUUGUCGGAGAAGGAUGCCAGCUAUGGCCUAAGGGAUCAUCAUCAUCAGCAUCAAUGUGAAUUUGAAAAUCAGCAUAAACAUGGGAUAAAUUGUAAAAAUUGUAAAUAUGAUGCCAUAAUUGGCGUUAGUAGUGCCACGAAUCCGACUAAUGUAUAUGACAGCUACAAAUGUCAGGGGAUUGUGUCAGAGGAUGGAUUGAAGGUGUCAUCAUCGGCAACGGCCUCACCAACCAUGGCAAGCAAAAGUGGUUACAAGGAGGGAAAACUCAAUCAACAAGCACAGCAACAACAGCAUCAACAGCCGCCGCAUCCGUCAUAUGGCAAUUGUAUGCAAUUGAAAAUGUCACCAGCCAUGGCAGGCACAAUAACAAGCCAGCAACAACAACAGCUGCAGCCACAACAACAACCAACCUACUAUCAGCAACGACCAGACGUCAUGCUUAUGGCACCAACAACGGGACACAAAUUGUCUUCGCCUGGGUCAAGUAAUUGUCGUCUGCUUAUACCGAACACUUCGACGUCGGCAGGUGUUGUAGGUCCAACACCACGUUAUUAUGCACCGCCGCCCAUGGCCACAUAUCACAUUGUCUCCUCAAGCUCGGCGAACUCCUCACCGACCCACCAACAGUCAAUAAGACAUUACAUUAUACCACCAACGGCAGUUGGGGGGCCAACAUCGGCCACAGCCACCCAGCAUUUUAUGGCCGUACCCUCGAAUAUGUUACGUUUCCAAACAUCUGCGGUUUAUUGUGCCGGAGCAAAUGGUGGCGGUACCUCAAAUCUUAGCAUAAAUCCAUUGGCAAGUGGUUCAACCACAACAGUCUACUUUCCAAUUGUAACACCAGUUGGUGGCGGUGGUGCCCAAAAUCCAUUAGCGUUAUCUGCUACAGGAGCACAAGCAACACCAGGCACGGUCACCACCAACGCCACCACCACUAAUAACACAUUUUUGGGUACAAUAACGGGUGGUGGGCCACUGCCCACCAUGCUGAAAUAUCACACCAUACAAAUGCCACAUCGAAGAAAACAAUGUCUAACCCUGGCCAAUGGCCCAAAUUCGGGAGGAGAUUCGGCAGCCUCACAAGAAUCGAAUGAAAUGUUACCACCACCACCGCCAGCUUAUCAAACGGCCACCGUGCAUGGUAUCAGACGUGCAAAAUUCUUAACAAAACCUCCAUUACCACCCGAGAUCAAUACAUUGCUGCAUGAAAAUGAUAUAUCCUGCAGGCAUGAUUUAUCACAGAAUUCUUCUGCGGCGUCGGUGUCGUAUCCAAGUGGUGGAGGAGGAGGUGAACAGUCACAGCAAUCUGUAAUGGCAACAACACUACCACCAUCAUCAUCAUCAUCUGUUACAACUUCGGGAGUAUCAACCAUCCAAUCCCAGUCAGUCACCUUGUCAACGGAGCAGCAGUACUCCAACACCCAUCAGCAACACCAUCAAAACAUUAACAAUUUGUACAGCAAUACACCGGCCAUUUGUUCGGCAACAGUGGCAACAUCAUCAACAUUAACCAACAGCAGCAACAACAACCCAGGAACGUUGUUUGAAUCAACAUCGGCAUCGGCAUCACCAUUAACACACAUGUCAUCCCAUCCACAUUUCAGUCAAACGGGAACGGCGACAACGACGACGACGAUGAUGACGACAGGCGAUAUUGGUAACACCCCAGCUCAGGGUUCAGCAACGGCUGGUGGAGGACCAUCAACUAUGGCAACGGUUGUCGACAUCAUGGAAGAUGAAGAAGAGUUGGAACAACAACGCCUAGGUAACUGCCCACAUGGAACCCCCUCACGAGUACCCCUGCUAACCUGCAACACCUCGACCAGCACCCAUGAAGAUAAAUCCUCGGCACGUAGUUUUUUUCAAGCCACCGCCGCCAGCUUUCAAAGGCAUACCAGCAGCUUCCAAAGGACCAGCAGCCAGCAACAACAACAGCCUGCCGUUGCUACAACGCUGCAGCGCAAAUCAAUGAUAAUCAACCACAAAGGCGAAUGUAAUCUCCACAUAACGCCCAAGCGAAGAAAUUCGGCAAUUUGUUAUCGUGACCAUCACGAUACCUCCGAGGAUGACGAUGAAUUUAUGGAGGGCCAACAAAAUGUGUAUAAACUAAAAGAUUUACAACAACACCAGCAACAACAACAGACUGAUAAACUUUUACCCUCUUCCACGAACGCGAACGACUUGGAAUUGGAUAACAAUUCUUUGGUUUCAUAUGACGGCGAUUCCGUAUGCAGUUCACAACAGCUACCUCAGGUCCCUCUCCUGUUGGUCCUCAUCAUUUUGGUCUUCUACGUAUGCCUGGGCACCGUUAUCUUUGCCCUGUGGGAAAAUUGGUCACUGAUCGAUGGUGCAUAUUUUUGUUUUGUCACCCUGACAACAAUCGGCUACGGUGACUUUAUGCCAAUGCGUACCUUUCAAGGACCUGAAAUUCAGCUAUUUGCUUGCUGUGCCUAUUUAUUAUUGGGCCUCGUUCUCGUUGCCAUGUCAUUUAGUAUUUUGGAAACGCAACUGAUAUGGAAAUGUAAACGAUUGGCGGUGCGACUGAAAUUGACUCGGGAAUGAUGCUGCGGUCAGCAUAUUCAAUUUGUAUAGAGAUUGUUG